UUCGGCCUUCACACACGCCCCCCCCUCCACCCACAGCAAUCAUCUGCGGUUGCGCCGUCGGCGGACUCCCAAAUAAUAAACCCCCCAAGGUCCCGCCUCGAUAAACAAGCCGUCCCACAUCCUUCCAGCCAAACUACUACCACGGUGCAUCGCCAAGAAUACGUUGACGGCGCCUCUCUCUGUCUAUCUCUCCCUCCCCAUCACGGCUUUCGAUCAUCUCGUCCGUGGAUUCCGUGCUUCAUCCAGACGCACCAUCAUCCACCGAUCGGGCUUUUUGAGCACCAAUCCAUUCUCCCUUACCUGACUGGCAUCCGAGCCGGCCCCUCGACUUUGGAAUUCCCCCAUCCGCGUUCUCAGCGACCUCCUCGACUCUUCUAUGGAGCGCGCCGCCCCCGAGUACUCGCAGUCAGGUUUGCCUUCGCCCCAUCCCAGUGUCGUCGGCGACACGCAGUCUAAGGCGGAACCUGUAGAUACGGCGUCUGCUGCUGCUCAAUACGCGACGCAGCAAGAGGCGCGGUCAGCCAGCUACUCCAACUCGGCCACUCCCACUUCGGAAUACAGCGUGUACCCGACCACUUCGCGGUCCGCCACUUUCCCAGACAUGCAGCGCUCCUACCACCCCGCUAGCAACCCCAAUGGGAGCGGCGGAGGGAUGCCUCAAACACCAACAAGUCCGUCCAUGCCUCUGCCAGAUGGGCGCAGCCAUCAAAAUCCCCAGCCGGAGCAGGCCAAGUCUGACAGCGCUCUGCCUAUAGAUCCAUCCAUCGCAGGUGCCAGCCCGACAUAUGCGACACACAACCAAUACCCCCCCUAUGCCGCCCCUCCCCAAGACAUGUCUCAAGGGUACCAGCAUCCGGGUACACCAGGCUUGUACACUCAGCCUCGCCCCGACUGGGGCGGUUACAGCCAGCAACCCGCCGGCCAUAUCACCCCCGGCACACACAUUUUCCACCAGGCGCCCGCGACCGCCGCAGCCACUGGUCGCCCGCAUCAGGUCUACAGCUUUGUCCCCAUUCCGGGUGCACAGCAGCACAAGCGACCGAGGCGACGAUUCGAGGAGAUUGAACGCAUGUACAAGUGCGGCCAUAACGGAUGCGAGAAAGCCUAUGGCACGCUAAACCAUCUCAAUGCGCAUGUGACGAUGCAAGCCCACGGUGUCAAGCGCACACCAGAGCUAUUCAAGGACAUUCGCCGAGAGUGGAAGGCCAAGAAGAAGGAAGAGGAGGCUCGCAAAGCAGCUGCGGCCGAAGAAGACCGCCAGCGACAGGCGGCAGCUGCUGCCGCCGCCGCCGCCCAGAAUGGAGCCACGGACCCGCAAGCUGGCGUGGAUGCUGCUCAGCCCCCAACAUCCUAUCCCGGUUCGGGAACCGUCCAAUUGCCUCCCAUCGGCUAUCAGACCGCCCGGUAUGCGGGACCACCCCCGGCCGGCAUGCAGCAGCAGAUGCCCGAGUACAGCUACCCCGGUUACUCGCCAGCAUCACCAUACGGCCAGUCAGGCCAGCAGAUGUACAACCCACACAACGGCGGCCAACCUCCGAGUCAUUAAUUUAGGCUCGGUAUACUAUGAACUGCCUCGACAUCAGCCGCGCAACUAGCAGACCCAUUGAAUGUCAGGCGAACUCUCUGCGGCAAACAACGCAUUACAUAUGACGGCAACAAAAAUCGCUUUCUGUUCACCAAUUCAGCGGCAA